CCGUCACUGCAGUCAGUGCAGCGGACGUAGUAGCAGUGCGAGGCGCCCAGGCAGCGCUGCCAUCAAAACAUCCCUUUACUUCCACGUUGCCGCCAGACAAAGGAACCAUAAUGGCAACGGCGUCUUAUCCACUUGACGCAGAUCUAAUGCGGGAGGUCCUUGAAUGUCCAAUCUGCCUGGAGACCUUCAACGAGGACCAACUCAGACCGAAGCUCCUCCAGUGCGGUCACACGGUAUGUCGCCAUUGCCUCGAGAAACUCUUGGCCAACACCAUCAACGGCGUGCGCUGCCCCUUCUGCAGCAAGGUCUCGCGCAUGAGCAGCAUCUCACAGUUAGCGGACAAUCUCACAGUGCUAAAGAUCCUCGACUGCACCACGUCCUGCAGUGCGGCUGCCUCAGUCCUAAUGUGCGGGUCCUGCUGCAACCGGCUACCGCGACAGUACUGCCACGACUGCGCUAUCGUCGUUUGUGAGCUCUGCAAAGGCGAGGGACAUCUACACAAAGGCCAUUCUGUCCAGCUGAUUCGGAUGGCCGCAGAGCAACGUCGUAAAGAACUGGGCAGCAAAUUGUCUACCCUAUGUGAACUCAUGAGUGAAAUCCAGAAGAAAAAGACAGCUAUUGAAAACAUUUCCAAAUCUUUAAGAGCAAAGUAUCGGGCAGUGCAGCAGGAUUACACAACGACCGAGAUGCUGAUUCAAGAUGAGCUGAGCAGGUCACGGACGGCGUUUAGGGCUUCCUUGGCAGAGAUGCAGAAAAUUAACGGACAGGUCCUCGAGAAGCAGACGUAUCUCCUUAACAUCGCGGAGGUAAAAGUAGUGUCAUGCUGCGAUUAUCUAAAUAUGCGGGUGAGGCAGAGCGACAUCAGCCUGCUCAAGGAUGACGGAGGUGGGUGUGACGAUGAGGAGCUCAACCUGAGAAGCAGCCUGCCCACCGUGUUCCAGCUGCAAGAGCCAGAGCUGGUCCAGACAGAGGAAUCCAAACCAAUACAAGUUGGACAUUUGACCACAAGCACAUAUACAGUCAGUACAGAUAAUGCGGAAUGCAGGUUGGAGGUUGCACUUGAAGGUGAUUCUGAGGGUGUUGACAGAGCUUUGGGUGGUGCAGUGGAUAUAUACCGAGACGUGGACAUGGUCGCAGCUGCAGAUGAGACUUUACGUAGCUCACCAGGGACCUACAAGUCAAAGUCCAUGGAUGCUGGAGGGGGAUCCGAAGAGGGAGCAUGUGCCGGUCCCUCAGUGUGCCAGUUUGUGAAGAAGAUGGGCUGUAAGGGAACUCUCCCUGGCUCUUUCAAUUUACCCAUUGGCAUCUGUGUGUCCAAGCAAGGCGAGGUCCUGGUGGCCGACCGCAGCAACUACCGAAUCCAAAUAUUUAACCGCAAAGGCUUCCAGCGUGAAAUUCGCCGCAACGCCAGUAGUAUCGACAACUUCGUUUUGACCGUCCUCGGCGCCGACCUGCCAAACCUCAUGCCCCUGUCCAUCGCUGUCACUCCUCAAGGUCUGAUUGGGGUCACUGACAACUACGACAACUCGGUUAAAGUGUACACCAUGGAUGGACAGUGCAUAGCAUGCCACAAGAACCGACUCAUCAAACCUUGGGGCAUUACAGCCAUGCCCUCAGGCCAGUUCGUGGUGUCAGACGUGGAGGGGGACAAGCUGUGGUGCAUCGCCGUCGACCGUAACGUAGGUGUGGUGAGCUGCAACCGCCUGUGCUCAGCAGUGCGACCCAAGUUUGUGACCUGCGAUGCCGCCGGUACGGUUUACUUCACCCAAGGCAUAGCGCUUAACUUUGAGAAACGCCACGACGAGGCCUACCUGGAAGGCGGCUUCUCCAUCGGCUCUGUGGGCAUCGACGGAGUGCUCGGCAAGCAGCUCAGCCAUUUCUUCGCCGAGUCUGAGAGGUUCUGCUGCAUUACUGGCAUGUGCGUGGACACCAAUGGGGAUUUGCUGGUAACAGACAGCGGCCGGAAGGAAAUCCUUCAGUUUCCCAAAGAUGGGGUGUUCAAAGUUCUCAUCCAGGAUGGACUUAACUACCCAGUGGGGGUGGCCACAACACCCAAAGGGCAGCUUCUGGUGCUGGACUACUGGGACCACUGCGUCAAAGUCUAUACAUACAUGCAAAGAAGGCACUCAUCUACCUCCUAGAGGUACUGCAAGACGAUUUGAUUCAUUUUCAUGCUUUGAAAAAGUAAAGACGAAAACUAUCAUUAUUGUUUUGGUUAGACUCUCACACCACACUCAAUUUGUCAACAGAAUUUGAGUCAUCACUUUAUUAUUCUAACCUUGCAAUAAUUAUAAUAUCAAAUUAUAUAGGCACAGGGUGUCUCAUUUAAAUAAUGUUAAACUAAUGUUGAUUCUAAUGUCACUUCUUCCUCUGUAAUUGGGUCAAACUUCAACAAGAAGAGAGACGAGUUAGCAUAUAUCGGGGCUUCGAGCCUGUGAAGCACUUUAUCAUAAUGUUUUAAUAGCACAGACGGACAGUGUCAGCUUUAAAGUUUACUGUGCAGUAGGGUUGGCGAUAUGACCUAAAAUACAUAUUGUGAUAUAUAUUGCAGCCUCUUGCUAUAAUGAUGUAUAUCACAAUAUAGCAUAUAAAUAAAUCUAAUAAAACACAUUUUGUCUGCUGGCAUAAGCAGUAACCUAAUUGUCUCAUUUAUGAAUGCUUUGUGUCGGGCUGCAACAAUGAAAUCAAUUAGAAAAAAAACAAAUUGAUUACCAUAUUUUCCGGACUAUAGAGCCGCAGAUACAUAUAUUGUGAAAUGAGUUAUUUACAUGUUUUUUUUACAUACCUUUAAAUUGUGUUUAAACUGUGCCUGGAACACGGCAGUAAAACAAAUGAUCAAACAAAACAGAAGUCAUUGUCAUAGACCCAUUGUUUGCGGAAGCUAGCUCUCCGAUCAGAUAAACACGCAAUAACUCCAUGGUGACGUUUUGGUAAAUUUACUGAGGAAUUUGUAAAACUGAAACAAUACCAAAAAUAAUUCCGUUGUAAGUUAAUUUUACUAACACAGACGCUCACAAAGGUGUUAUUAUAUUAGAUAUUGCUAACGCUAGCUUAAUUACAUUACAAUCGCAAACACACACAUGCACUCAUACAGACAUCACACAUGGGACAGUUGAAUAAGUAUGAAUAGUUUUAGUUAUAUUGUACAACUUAAACACGUUGCUUGGAGUGAUGAAUACAUACGAGUAGAAAUGCUUUGGACGACUAGAAGACGGCACUUGUACUUCCGGUUCAAAGCACUAAACGGAAGGAAAUACUAGACGUUCACCCUGCAGUGAGUGAACUCGUCCAAAAGAUGGCGCCAUAGCGCCAACAUUAACACACCUUUUGAGUGUAUCUGUGGGUGUUCUAUGAAAACUAUUCACAUUAUGGCCGUUGGCAAAGACAAAUCCCUAAAUUAACCGCAUUGUUUUAUAAACCACAGGGGGGGGGGAAAGUAGCGGCUUAUAAUCUGGAAUUUACGGAAAUUAAUGUGUGCCUGAGUAAAAAUUUACUAAAUGAUUGAUUGAAUCCAGACCAAAUCCUGUGGCAAUAGAGCGCACAUGAGGGUGGUGGUGUUUGGGUGCCUUUAUCUGUGUGGCGGGGCACACCGGAGAUGUUUACAAGUGCUAUUUCAAUGUUAAUGAAAAAAAGCGUGAACGUUAUGGCAAGGAAAAACAUUUUGUUCAUUUCAACUAUUUUCUCUAAAAUACCCAUGGAGGCGAUCAAGUGUGAUUUAUCCAAUUACUCAAGUAAUCAAACAUACUAAUCGAUUACACAAAUAACCGAUAGCUGCAAGUUUAGCUUUCUGUAGUUGUAUUAUUCUGAUUUUCUUUUAAUAGCUGGUUAUUAUCAACAUAUUCUUCUAUUGUUUCGCUACUUUACAUUCAAGCAAGCCCGGACAAGUUACCCACCUAUGUCAGGACGCUGCAAAUUUGAGGAACGCGGCUAGAAUGUGUCCUCAACAUGCAUUUACGCGAUAUAUUGAACAUCUAUCUUAGGUCAAAUUUGUAUUGUUUGUAUCGCAUAUCAUUCAUAUCGCCCAAUUCUACUGUGCAGUAAAAUAAAUCAGUAAGGACGUAUGUAUGGGUGUUUGUUGAACUGCAUCCAGUAACAUUCAGGGAGCGUGCAUGUACUGCUAUGAUACAUACUGUACAUACUAAUGGGACAUUUGCUGUGAAAAAAAGUUGUGGAUUAUCACAUUAUUUGUGUGGAUUUCAUUCAGUAUGACAUUGUUAGUUUAAAAAAAAAACUGGACAUAUACAGCUAUGUUAUUAGUCAUAAAAAGUUAUUUUGUACACCUACUGUCUACAUCAAAAUAAACCAUCAUCAAACGUUGUUUUUAUAUUGUGGAUGCAUUAUCCAUUAAAAAAACCGGCCCAGCCAUACGACAGUAUAAUGACGUGUUCAUCAGUCUGCUGUAAGACAAUAUGCACCUUCCAGUCCAGGUUGUGUUCAUAAGAGCACUUUGUUUGAGCCUUAAAGAUAACUUAAAAUUCUGCACUUAAAAAUACAUAAAUGAAUUUAAUAGCUAGAUAGAGAGAUGAAAAAAAACACUACAGUUGUUGAAGCACCAGUCGUGUUUGUUUAGUAUUUGCAUUCUAGUGUAAUAGCUUAAAUGUCACUACUGCAUCCAUGUGGUCACAACAGGUAUACACGCUCAUAAUCACUACACAAAUAACAAAGUGUCCUUGUGUUGGUGUGCUUAACAUUCUUGUGUGUCUCACGUUAUUUAAUUAAGCUGUGGAUUUAUCCUGCAAAAUGAUAUUGUUGAAUACUAGUCAUCCCCCCGCGCCUCUCCUAAUGUCCCCUCAGGUGCUCUGGAGCAUGUCAAUCCUCACGAUGUGUUGAACACAUGGACUGGACAUGUAUUUAUUUGUGGUUCACAUUUUUGUGUUUGUAUUGUUCAUAUUUUUUGAGUGCAAUAAACAAUUCUGAAACAACUGCAACAGUUUUGAAUCGUUUGGUUCUCUAUGUACUCUGAAACUACGCUUGUCUAACUUUUAACACCAACUGCCUUUUGCUAGCGCCAAAUUUCGUUUGAAUUAAUUGCAGCAGAUCUUUGGUUAAGAAAUGUAUAUUUGUGCCAUUAUUCCUAUGUACUUUAUACACCUCUAAUACAAUCUGACGUUUCUGAACACCACAAGAUGGAGC